CCGCAAGCAGCUUCACAACUUGUUCACAAUUCUGCAGCAAUGAGGCUCUUACACUCCUUCAUACCUUCAUUACUGCUCUCAAGCGCCUACGUCGUGUCAGCAGCAUCUUCUUGGAGUUUUGAAGAUGCCACCUUAACCGUUCAAAGCAAAGGUGCUGGAGUGGGUGCUGGGGCCAAGGAGAAACUGAGCCCCAGUACCCCAUUGUCAAAACCUGUGGCAUUGGGUUCGACGGAUUCGUUGAAGAUGCUGCUUACCACGACCAACGGGAAAAAAGCGAGACAACCACAUCAGGCAUUCCUUACUCUUACCGACCCUACAACAGGCCUAGAGGAGUCUUUCGUGCUCAGUGUGAAGGAAAGUGGGAGAGGAAAGGUGGAUUUGACCCAGAAGGACCUCCCCAUCCAAUUCCUCACCUCCUCGAAACCAAUUGUAGCCUCCAUCGUCAUUGGCUCUUUCGGAUCUUCCACGCCUUAUAAGAGCAAAGUUUUCGACCUCAGCGUAACCCGAGACCCCAAUGUUCCCCUUGCCAUUCCCGCGAAGCCCAUUCGCUAUGCCGUCGAACCCGAGAUCCACCACAUCUUCCGCACCGACCCUCGAUCGCCUCCCAAGAUCAUAACAUUGGUGUUUGCCGCUGUGGUUUUUGGUGCUCUUCCAGCCCUGUUCGGUGUGUGGGCUACCUUGGGCGCCAAUGUGAACCAUCUGAGCAAAGCUUUAAGCAAUGCUCCGGUUUCGCACGCUCUCUUCUUCGGCUCAAUACUUGCCAUGGAGGGCAUCUUCUUCAUGUACUACACAAGCUGGAAUCUCUUCCAGACUCUGCCAGCUGCCGCUGUUGUCGCAUCCGUGGCUUUCUUGAGCGGAAGCAGGGCAUUGUCCGAGGUCCAAGAGCGCCGUUUGGCUGGGCUACGAUGAAUACAGAGAAGUAAUUGAAAUUCAUCUUGCCUGGUCCUUAUGUAUGCCUGGAGUUUAGGGUUUGGUAUCACACUGCAGCGAAAAGUACGAGGGAAGCAUGUAUGAAAAGGGAAUAACUUUGGAGGACCACAAAAUGGGGCUUCGUUAACUUCGACUCUGUAUAUCGGAUAUGAAAGACUGGUGACUCACUUAAGGCAUCAAAGUUCCAGUUCCAUCGAUUCUACCGCAUCUUAUCACCUAACAUUAAAUAUAACAGGGGAAAUUCAGGACAAG